AUGCAUCGAGGGAUUUUUUCGCGGUGCAGGCCCCUCCCCCCAGCGCUCUUCCUCCUUGUCUCUCUAGCUUUCGCCGGCGCCCAAGUAGCGCUUCCUCAAGAAGCCAAUGAACGGACGCUCCAAACGGACGCCCGAACGUCCCUUUUGAAGGACACCAGCAAAGCUCUGGUGUCCGUUUCGGACGCCCUUUUCCCCCUCUUCCCGACAGCGCCCUCUGUCGAACCAUGCAACUCAUCUCUGGCACAGAUCGAGCAAGCUCUGCAUGCUUAUGGGCUUCCGCAUGCUUAUGGCGGCCGCCGCCGGCUUAUCUCGGACGUCCUGCGCCAGGCGGAGUUCGGCAAUCUGACCACAAACACGUCCGAAGCGCCCCCGCUGAUCAGCGGGAGGUAUUUCGUGGACGGAGUGUGGGGUUACAUCAUGGGCGUGAUCUGGCUGAUCCUGGGAGCGUUCUUUCUGUGCCUGUGGGGGUCCUGCAAGCUGCUCAAGAAGAUGCCUAGGUGGAUCAAGAACAUGGUGCUAGGAAAGGAAGAGCCCACGAUCCCAUCAACGCUCGCGCUGGCGAUAUUCAACGCGCUCACGUUUCUGGCGCUCUUCGCGGCCAUCGUCGGAGUCGGCCUCGCGUACGGCGCUAACCCGAAAACGUUCACUACAUAUCACCAAUUCGAUCGCCGCGCACGACAACUCCUCGACAAGACCGCGAACGAGACGGCAAAUGCAGCGAGCGCGUUCAACAACGCGAGCGCGGUCUUCGCCACGCUGCCGCCUCAGGCAAGGUUCCAAUAUUCGAGGAAUGAACACUUCAGCAUCUAG